AUGGCUGGUUCACUCCCUACAAAUACUCAGCCACAAAAUGUUCCGGCCACUCAACAAGAGCAAAAUGGCCCCGGCCGAAACACGGCCGUCGGCCAUGAUCAAGUGGUAGUCGAAGACAUUACGGAAGUCGCCGGGGGACCAGUAUUGAGGCCGAAUCCGGCCACUUCAUUGGAACUCCAACAACUCAUGCGAGUCAUGGAGACGAUGGCCCAAACGAUGGCCACUCAAAAUGCUCAGAUCAACGAGAGAUUUGAUCGAUGGUUAGGCCAACAAAAUGGCCAAAAUGGAAACCAAGGGGCGCCAAUUGGAGCACCAGCGGUUGGGCCACAAGUGGAGGCCCAACCAAAUGGUUUUGGAGUGAAUCCGCCCCAACUUAAUCCACCAGCAGGGGGCAACCAAGCCCCAGUGGUUAAUAUUCCGCCGAUGGGCAACAACCCAUAUGCGGCGGUCAACCAAUUUCAAGUGUUCCCGCCAUAUAAUCAAUUCCGCCCACAAGCUCACCAAGCGGCUGGGGCCAAUUUCGCUGGGCCUCAUAUCAACCAAUUCGGAGUCGGUGGUUGGAAUAACCCCGGCGGGAAUGCUAACAACCCAUUGCUAGGGAAUCAAGCAAUCGACCGAGGUGCGGUCGAACAAAUGAUUCAAGAUAUGGUGCCCCAUGCUAGGAGGAUUGGUAGGCCGGUUUAUCGGCGACCAUAUCCGGAGCACUUUGAUCAAGAGGAAUUUCCAAGGGGUUUCAAGGUUCCGGAUUUUGCACUAUUUUCGGGAGAUGGGCUCCAAUCGACCGUUGAACACAUUGGCCGAUUCACGGCCCAAUGCGCGGAGAUUGGGCAUCGCGAGGCCUUGAAACUAAGGCUAUUUCCGAGUACCCUUACGGGGGCAGCUUUUCCAUGGUAUGUUAAGCUUCCACAAAAUUCCGUCCCUAAUUGGCAAGUUAUGGAGCAAGUCUUCCACGAGCAAUUCUAUCGACCGGAGCCGGAAGUCUCAAUGGCCGACUUGGCAAAGAUAAGCCAGAAGCCAAGUGAGUCGGUCCAAGAAUAUUUGGGGCGGUUUAGAGAAGCAAGGGCUAGGUGUACGGUCAAUAUGCCGAGCACGAGUUUGCAAAAUUGGCCCAAGGAGGAUUGUUGCUUGAUCUCCGAAAGAAAUUCGAAGGAAUUGAGUUCCGCGACAUUUAUGAUCUCUUACUUCGGGUGGAUCGAUACGAAGCCCUUCUAA